AUGAUCUAAAAUUCUAUUGAUAAUACUUCCGUUGCUAUUUAACACCUUGAGGAUUAGUCUCCAGAUCUUCAAAAUUAAUAAUCGGAUGAAUAAGUACACUAAAGUUCAGAAUAUAAUGCCAUCAAUUAGCCAAUAGAUUAAUUAGAUCAAAAUAGCGGACAACAAGUAGAAGCUCUCUAAUAAGUUGAAUAUUUCGAUCCGCUUGAUUAUGAAAUAGUAUACUGUCCAUAUUGCGAUUAUGGCAUGAUUAGAAAGGCUUAUUGGAUUCAUGUUAAUUUGUGUGAAGAAUAAUUAAGCCAUCCUAAUUUAGUAGAAUAAGAAUGUCAAUAAUGUCGAGAGAUGAUUGUAAGGCAAUACUUAAACGAUCACUUAGAGGUUUGCCCAUUUAACUUUCAUGCCGAAGUGAAUUGUCCUUAUUGCAAUACUCUAAUAAUAAAAGCAUGGCUAUAGGAACAUCUUGCUGAAUGCAAUGGUUUUUAAGUGUAGCAAUUAAGAGAAAUUCAGGGAAUAGCAAAUUGCUAAAUAUGUCAAGAGGAUAUUAUACAGGACUAGUCAGUUCUAAAUUGCUCUCAUAGUUUCCAUGAAGAUUGCCUCUAAAAAUGGUUAAAAAUAAAAAAAACGUGUCCAGUUUGUAAAAGUAUUUAAGUCUGAAGCUAAAUAAAUU